AGGGAAGCGGGGAGGUACCAGCCCGCGGAUCGGAUCGGCUCGCCUGGGUUUGGCUCGGCUCGGACCAUGUCGCCAUGUCGGAAGUGAGGAAGUUCACGAAGCGGCUCAGCAAGCCGGGCACGGCGGCCGAGCUGCGGCAGAGCGUGUCCGAGGCGGUGCGCAGCUCCUUCGUGCUGGAAAAAACCAAAGUGGUGGAACCCUUGGACUAUGAGAACGUGAUCCUUCAACGCAGAGUUCAGAUCUACAGCGAUCCCCUCCGGGACCUGCUGAUAUUCCCGAUCGAAGAUGUAUCUAUCUCAGUCAUCGGCCGACAGAGAAGGACUGUCCAGUCGACAGUGCCAGAAGAUGCUCUAAAAAAAGCUCAGAGUCUCUUUGUCAAAGAGUGCAUUAAAACCUACAGCUCUGACUGGCACGUGGUAAACUACAAGUAUGAGGAAUACUCAGGAGACUUUCGGAUGUUGCCAUGCAAAUCCUUCAGGCCAGACAAGAUUCCAAACCACGUCUUUGAAAUUGAUGAAGACUUCGAAAAGGAUGAGGAUUCCUCAUCCCUGUGCUCUCAGAAGGGCGGUGUGAUAAAGCAGGGCUGGCUGCACAAAGCAAAUGUAAAUAGCACCAUCACUGUUACCAUGAAGGUAUUCAAGAGGAGGUAUUUUUACUUGUCACAACUCACAGAUGGCUCCUAUAUUCUGAAUUCCUAUAAAGAUGAGAAAAUUUCAAAGGAAUCCAAAGGCUGCAUUUUCUUGGACGCUUGCAAUGACGUUGUUCAGUGUCCCAAGAUGCGCCGUUAUGCAUUUGAACUGAAGACAAUAGACAAAUACAGCCACUACCUUGCAGCUGAAACUGAGCAGGAGAUGGAAGAGUGGCUGGUGACCCUGAGAAAGAUCAUUCAGAGCAAUACUGAGAGUUUGGUGCAAGAGAAGAAAGAUACUGUGGAAUCUGUGCAAGAUGAUGAAUCAAGCACGCAGGGUAAAUCAGAGAACAUCCUGGAGAGCCUGGAGAGAAGCAUGCAUCCAGAGCUGAUGAAGUAUGGAAGAGAAACAGAUCAGCUGAACAAACUCAGCAGAAAUGAUGGAAGACAAAACAUCUUUUCUUUUGACCCAGAAGUCCAGAGACUAGACUUCUCAGGGAUUGAGCCAGACGUGAAGCCAUUUGAGGAAAAGUGCAGCCGGCGCUUUGUGGUGUGCUGCCAGGACUUCUCCCUCAACCUCCUUGCUCAUCUCAGUGACAGGGCAGAAGGAGGACCCACCAACGUUGAGCCCUUUUUCCUAAGCUUGGCGUUAUUCGACCUGAAAAAUAAUUGCAAGAUUUCAGCUGACUUCCACGUGGACCUGAACCCCCCGUCUGUCCGUGAGAUGCUGCUGGAGAGCUCCGUGUCCGGAGCGGAGGGAGCCAAGGGACGCUCGCCAGGCGAGAACCUCGUGCACGGGGUCCCCGAGUCCUGCCUGCACUACAUAAAACGGGGGGUUUUCUCCGUGACUGAUCCACAUGCAGAGAUCUUCCUGGUGGCCCGUGUGGAGAAGGUGCUGCAGGGCAGCAUUGCACACUGUGUAGAGCCCUACAUGAAGAAUUCGGACCCUGGAAAGACUGCCCAGAAAGUCCAUAAGGUGGCCAAGCAGGUGUGCAGCCGUCUGGGGCAGUACCGGAUGCCCUUCGGUUGGGCUGCCAGACCAGUUUUCAAAGACUCCCAGGGCACUCUUGAUGCUGAAGGAAAAUUCUCACCCCUCUACAAGCAAGACAGCAGCAAACUCUCAAACGAAGAUAUGCUGAAGCUUUUAGCAGAGUAUAAGAAACCAGAGAAGACAAAACUACAAGUCAUUCCAGCCCAGUUAAAUAUCAUCAUCAAAGAUGUCCCGCUAGACUUCACAAAUUGUGUCACAGCUUCUUACAUUCCUAUAAAGCCUUUUGAGAAGAGCUGUGAGGACGUUGCGGUGGAAGUGGAGGAGCUUGUCCCAGAAGUUGCAAAAUACUGUUACCCCUUCACUGUCUACAAAAACCACCUCUAUGUCUACCCCUUGCAUUUGAAGUAUGAGAACCAGAAGGUGUUUGCGAAGGCAAGGAAUAUUGCUGUCUGUGUUGAGUUCAGGGAUUCAGAUGAAGCUGAUGCCAGGCCACUAAAGUGUAUAUAUGGCAAACCUGGAGGCCCUCUCCUGACCACAAACGCGUAUGCUGCUGUGCUGCAUCACAACCAGAGUCCAGAGUUCUAUGAUGAGAUUAAAAUUGAGCUUCCAAUUCACCUCCAUCAAAAGCAUCAUUUGCUUUUCACCUUCUAUCAUGUCAGCUGUGAAAUUAAUACAAAGGCAACAUCGAAAAAACAGGACACCGUUGAAACUCAAGUGGGAUACGCCUGGGUCCCGUUGCUGAAGGAUGGGCGGAUCGUCACCCUGGAGCGGCAGCUGCCGGUUUCAUCCAACCUUCCACCCGGCUACCUGGGUCUUGGAGACACAGAGUCACGAAAGCAGCCCAGCGUGGAUGCAAAAUGGGUGGAUGGAGCAAAGCCACUGUUUAAAAUCAGAAUCCAUUUGGACUCAACAAUUUACACCCAGGACAUACACUUGCACAAAUUCUUCCAGUACUGCCAGCUGGUUCAGGCGGGAGCUAAGGAGGUCCCAGGAGAACUCGUUAAAUGCCUAAAGUGUUUGCACGCCAUGGAGAUCCAAGUAAUGAUUCAGUUUCUACCUGUAAUUCUUAUGCAACUAUUUAGAGUCCUCACAAACGUGACCCAGGAGGAUGAAGUAGCUGUCAACUGCACCAUGGUUCUUCUGCACAUUGUGUCCAAGUGCCAUGAAGAAGGUCUAGACCACUACUUGCGCUCCUUCAUAAAGUAUGUCUUUCGAGCUGAGAAGCCAAGUGUCAAACAGGCGAAGAUGACCCAUGAAAUCCUGGUCCUUUCCAUGGCCACAAUCUUGAAGCAAUCAGCAGAUUUUCUAGCCAUCAAUAAGCUACUCAAGUACUCGUGGUUUUUCUUUGAAGCACUGGCAAAGUCCAUGGCAAUGUACUUACUGGAAGAGAACAAAAUCAAGCUGCCCAGAGGCCAGCGGUUCCCCGAGUCCUACCAGCACGCCCUGCAUUCGCUGCUGCUUGCCAUCAUUCCUCACGUGACCAUUCGCUAUAACGAGAUCCCCGAGGAGUCCAGGAACGUCAACUUUAGCUUGGCUAACUUCCUGAAGCGUUGUCUGACCUUUAUGGACAGAGGAUUUGUUUUUAACUUGAUAAAUGAUUACGUUUCUGGAUUCAGCCCAAAAGACCCUAAGCUGCUGGUUGAAUACAAGUUUGAAUUUCUUCAAACCAUUUGCAAUCACGAGCACUACAUUCCUCUGAACUUGCCAAUGACCUUUUCCAAACCCAAGCUGCAAAGAGUUCAAGACUUUUUUUCAUUUGCUGUGGAACGGUUCACUUCAGUAGAUGUAAAUCUCGAGUACAGUUUAACUGACGAGUAUUGCAGGCACCAUUUCCUGGUGGGGAUGCUUCUCAGAGAAGCCUCUGUUGCCUUGCAGGACAACUAUGAUAUCAGAUAUACAGCCAUCUCAGUCUUAAAAAAUCUCUUGAUCAAGCAUGCCUUUGACAACAGAUACCAGCACAAGAACCAGCAGGCAAAAAUUGCCCAGCUGUACCUGCCACUCUUUGGGGUGCUCCUGGAGAACCUCCAGCGCGUGGCCAGUCGUGAGGCACUUUAUUCCUGUGCAUCUGCCUCCAGUCCCGCAUCCAGGGAUGAAUUCAUAUGCAGUUUUGCAUCCCCCUCAAAUAGAUCCAGCCUGAUUGCAGACAAAGAUCCAGCCUGUGGAGCAGCCCUUCCAAAUGGCCAUGCAAUAAAGCGAGAGGACUCAAAAGGAUCCCUGAACUCGGAGGGGGCAACCAGUUCCCCGGAUCAGAGUGAAACUGCCCGCAGAAGUUCCAUGAGGAGCAGUGUGUCACACUGCAGCCGGCUGGACCAGUUUGAGAUCCGGACACUUCUGAUGUGCUACCUCUACAUUGUGAAGAUGAUCUCUGAAGAAACUCUUUUAGCAUAUUGGAACAAAUUCUCUCCCCAGGAGCUGAUCAAUGUCCUUGUGCUUCUGGAGGUGUGUUUAUUUCACUUCAGAUACGUGGGCAAGAGGAAUAUUGCCAGCUCCUGCAUGCGAUCCCCAGGCCCAGGCGAGCGCAGGUUGGCAGUGUCCCCCCCAGCUGGCUGCAGGGUGCACGAUGCCUGGUUAUCCAAGCACACGGCAGCAGACAGGAAAUCCCAGACGAUGCCAGCGCUCCGCAGCAGAGCCGGGGUGCGGCUCCAGCAUCUGGGCAGCUUGGAGACCUCCUUCACACUCAACCACAAUGCAGGCACCUCAGAAGCAGAUAUUGUGCACCAGGCAUUACUGGAGGGCAAUAUUGCCACCGAAGUGUGCCUGACAGUCCUGGACACCAUCUCUUUUUUCACUCAGAGUUUCAAGACCCAGCUUUUAAGCAACGAUGGCCACAAUCCACUUAUGAAGAAGGUUUUUGAUAUUCAUCUGGCUUUUCUCAAAAACGGGCAGUCAGAAGCAGCUCUUAAGCAUGUGUUUGCCUCUCUGAGAGCUUUCAUUAGCAAGUUUCCCUCAGCAUUUUUCAAGGGAAGGGUGAACAUGUGCGCUGCCCUCUGCUAUGAGAUCCUGAAGUGUUGCACUUCCAAGGUGUCCUCCACAAGGAACGAAGCCUCUGCUCUUCUGUAUCUCCUGAUGAGAAAUAAUUUUGAGUUCACCAAAAGGAGAACAUUCCUGAGAACACAUCUUCAGAUCAUAAUUGCAGUGAGCCAGCUGAUAGCAGAUGUGGCACUUAGCGGUGGGACAAGAUUUCAGGACUCUUUGCUCAUCAUUAACAACUUUGCAAACAGCGACAGGCCUAUGAAGGCAACUGCUUUUCCUUCUGAAGUCAAAGAUUUGACAAAGAGAAUCCGCACAGUGCUUAUGGCUACUGCUCAAAUGAAAGAACAUGAGAAGGAUCCAGAAAUGCUGAUUGAUCUGCAGUACAGCUUAGCCAAGUCUUAUGCAAGUACCCCAGAGCUCCGGAAAACAUGGUUGGACAGCAUGGCAAAGAUCCACGUGAAAAAUGGAGACUUUUCAGAGGCAGCCAUGUGUUAUGUUCACGUAGCAGCCCUUGUUGCAGAGUUUCUGCACAGGAAAAAACUCUUCCCCAGUGGAUGCACUGCCUUCAGGAAAAUCACUCCCAACAUUGAUGAAGAAGGUGCAAUGAAAGAAGAUGGUGGGAUGAUGGAUGUACAUUACAGUGAGGAGGUCCUGGUGGAGCUGCUGGAGCAGUGUGUAGAUGGCCUGUGGAAAGCAGAGCGUUAUGAAACAAUUUCUGAAGUUUCCAAACUGAUCAUUCCUAUUUAUGAAAAGCGGCGGGAAUUUGAGAAACUUACUCAGCUGUACAGAACGCUCCAUGGAGCAUAUGCUAAGAUACUGGAAGUAAUGCACUCAAGGAAGAGACUCCUUGGAACCUUUUUCAGAGUGGCCUUUUAUGGACAAACGUUCUUUGAAGAAGAAGAUGGGAAGGAAUACGUCUAUAAGGAACCCAAACUGACAGGCCUCUCAGAGAUCUCCUUCAGACUUCUUAAGCUUUAUGGAGAAAAGUUUGGGUCAGAGACUGUAAAGAUUAUCCAGGAUUCUAAUAAGGUCAACAUUAAAGACCUUGAUCCUAAGUAUGCCCAUAUUCAAGUGACUUAUGUGAAGCCCUAUUUUGAAGACAAAGAAAUCUCUGAAAGAAAGACUGAAUUUGAAAGAAAUCAUAACAUCAAUAGAUUUGUAUUUGAAACUCCUUACACUUUAUCUGGAAAAAAGCAUGGCAGUGUGGAAGAACAGUGUAAAAAAAGGACCAUUCUAACUACUUCCAACUCCUUUCCCUACGUAAAGAAGAGAAUUCCAGUCAAUUAUGAACAUCAGGUUAAUUUAAAACCAAUCGAUGUUGCUACCGAUGAAAUAAAAGACAAGACAGCAGAGCUGCAGAAACUCUGCUCUGCUGGUGACGUUGACAUGAUCCAGCUGCAGCUCAAAUUGCAAGGCUGUGUUUCUGUGCAGGUUAAUGCUGGUCCCUUGGCCUAUGCCAGAGCUUUCCUAAGUGACAGCCAGUCCAGCAAAUAUCCUGCUAAGAAGGUGAAUGAGUUGAAAGAAAUGUUCAGGAAGUUUAUCCAAGCCUGUGGAAUUGCUCUGGAGCUCAACGAGCGUCUCAUUAAGGAGGACCAAGUGGAGUAUCACGAGGGGCUAAAAUCAAACUUUCGGGAUAUGGUGAAAGAGCUUUCUGACAUCAUCCAUGAACAGCUUUGAAGACAAGAUCUACCAUGAAGAUACAAUGCACUCGCCAUGGAUGCACGACUCCCUCCAUGUCUUCUGUGCCAUCAGCGGAACCUCUGGUGAUGGAAGUUACUGUUCACUCAGACCCACUGCUGAAAUAUAAACAUAUCAGUCAUAUUUUACAGAGCUUUCUCAGGAAUUCUUGGAACUGUACAAAGGAUGCUUAAAACCAUCCAUGAUGAGCAAAGAUUCAGUUGUGGAUUUUUUGUUUGUUUGUUUGUUUGUUUGUUUCCCAAAAGGAGUUACCAUGCUUUCAAACAGGGUGCUUGCUUAUUUUGCUGAGCAACAUUGAAAGUGCCUGGACAUUGCACCACUGUGCUUGUUUUCUACUAUUUUUUUUAAGCUAAAUGUAUAACAGGACAUGGUAAGGCAGUUAUCUAAAUAUGUAUUGAAUUGCUGAACUAUGAAUUGAAGCGAUGACGUACUAUGUAAAGUUGUACAAUGGAAUAUAAUAAAAUGUAAAACUACUUUGUAAAUAGAAGGAGUAUAGAGUAUAUAGAAAUUAGCAUUGUAUCAUAUUUGCUGCUAAAAGCUUUGUUGGCCAGGGAACAUGAAGGAGAAAUUGUAGUCACUAGUAAGAGACCUUCCUCUUCUAAAAAGUGACUUGGGGUCUAGACACCCCUCUUGCACUCCAUGAGAGUAAGUUUGCCCUAGUCUGGAAUAAAUGAAAACCUAAGUCAGAAAUUAUAAUUUUCAUACAUCCUCAGAACAGAUGUUUUUAAAGUAAUCUCCAUGAAAGCUGAGCUUACUGUAACUGAUUUAAAUUUUGGGUAACCUUUCACAGCUGCAGGAGAGGAUGGAUUGUACUCACUAAGGACAACCUGAGAAAUUUGUCAUUUAAGAUGAGUUUUCCUGUUUACCACUCAUGGUCUCACACAAAUAUAAACUCUGAGGACACCUUAAAUUGAGUUGGAAAUUAUAGAGUGCUUUAAAAGUGUUUGGAAAAAUUCUAAUAAUCUGAGAGAUGUAGUUUAAAAAAAAAAAAGGCAGCACAUUGAAAUAACUCAUACAAAAUUGAGGCGAUUUCUUUUAGCACCAUAAAACAUGCAUCUUCCCUCCUGUUAAACAGAUCUGUUUUCUGAAAGCUUGGGUUUUUUGUCUGACAUGUGGUUAGAGAAAAUGUAUUUUCCAUAAUUCUUUUAUUCCUCCUUCCCCAUCCCAAAGCUUGAAUACAUUGUCUCUUUUUAAUAAGACACGUCAGAUGCAGGAAGAACAACACAGAGCAGUAAUCCUUUUAUCUGGCAACAUUUUUAACAUCCAUGUUUUUUCAAAAUCCCAUCAAUCAUAAAUAUGGUUCCAGUAGUUCAUAUGGGAAGAGUGGGGUUUUUUAAGGAUAUGUAACAAAAUGCCAUAAUAAAAGGACUCCAGCUGGGUAUUUAGCUUGGCUGUAGUGUCUAUAAAAUGUUAAGCUUCUAAUCUUUGUAACAAAAAUUAUCUUCAAAUAGUAGCUGGACCACAUUUCAAAAUGUUUGUUAUGCAUGAUUCUAAAUACCUAGAAUUAAUUGUCUUCUGAGAAAAUAAUGUUGUGAUCCGUAAAUUCGCCCAUUAGCUGUUGCAAGCAAAAUACAGAUGUGCCUGUAUAACAAACUGGCCACAUUUCUGCUUGUAUGUGCUUUUAUGCCAAGCAGGCUCCAAAUUUAGCAUAACAGAAAGAGGAAGAGAGACUAGUGUGUUUAAAUAUGGUUAGCACCUUACGGAUUGUCAUCUUUCAACAAAUAAUAUUUAAAGGCAGAUAGUGAGAGUUUUCCAAAUUUCUUUACUAGAAGGUGUUGAAGCUUGAUCCAGUACAAGAUUUUUUUGAGCUACUUAACCUCUAAACAUCAGUACUAAGGGCAUAUCUUGACUGCAGUCAGCAAUGAUGAGACAUGGACAUCCAAAAGCUCUUGCACUGUAGCUCUUUGAAAUACUGCAGAUAACCCAGUAGUUUUCCUGGAUUUGCAGUAAGAUUCAUAUGCAUGUUUUUUGAUGUCUUUAAUGUUCUGGGGUAACACUGUUGGCUGAAUUUUCAAUUUCUAAUCCUUAUUUUUACUGGAAUUCCAGUGCAAUUCGUACUCAUCUCUUCAAAUGUCUUCGAUGUUCCAAGAUGCAUUUUUGUCUGAACUUCUCAAGUUGUUGUUGGUGGUGGAGUUGUCCUGACAUUUUACUGUCAUAUACUGGAAAGCUGUCUUGGUAAUUUGGCCAAAAGAAAAGUGUGUUUAAUACCGGUGUGAUUAGAAUAUAUACAGUUACUACACUUCAGAAUACACACUUAUAUGCAGUUUUAAGGAAUUACAAAAAUGAUCAUGCCGUAAGGAUUUGCCUUCUGUCCUGCAGCUAAAUAAUUUUUCUGGUUGUUUUUUUUUUUUUUUACAGAAUAAUCUCAUUUUUAGAUGGGUUUUAAAAAGAUUGGUAACAAACCAACUUGUUUUUUUUUUAUGUAUUCAUGAAUCUAGGGAGUGGCCAUUAGAUAUUUUACAGCUGUAUCUGGACAAUAGAGUCAAGAAGAUUAUCACAUUUUCUCUACCUAGACUUUUCCCGUAUAAUUGUUGCAGUUAAAAGAAAUCCUCCAGAUUUUUUUCUUAUUUCAGGCUGAAAUAGCUUAAUUCACAGAUAUAGCUGAAGAGUGUACUGUAUCUAUGCCACUUUUAUGUAGCUGGUACUCACAUUGGGUACUUUCUAUUUGCUGCCUUUCUGGGAACAACAGAAAUGUCUAUUGUUCAUUAUAAUUUUUUUAUUUUCUUAUACUGCCUGAGGAAUGGUGGAAGGUUUUUGGUCUGGAAAAAUUAGUAGAACAUAUCUGAAAUUACAUCCGGGUAUGUACUCUUUCUGUAUCUCAGUGUGGCUACAUCUACAUAUUUUAUAUAUGUGCCUCUAAUAACUUUUGCUGCAAAACUGCUGUGCAACACGUCAAGCCUUUGGGAUGGAUGCAUUGGUAGUUUUGCUUAAAAGGCAAAGAAACAGGAUAAAGUAUCUCUCCAUGAGGUUUAAGAGCACUUAAACCUGAUACUCUCAGUAUCAGGAUUGGUUUGGAUAAUGGUAUGUGCUAGAACCAGAUGGUUUGCAAAUAGGACAUAUAAAGCAACAAAGGGUCUGCCAGCAUUUUAUGUACAAGAACUUGCUUUUAGAGUUUUAUAGAGUAAGCUAAGUAUAAACAUUUUCUUCUUUGACCUACUGUUUUCUCUCUGCAGAGAGAUUAGAAAGUAGUAUUUUAAGAAAAAUAACUUCAGAGUUAUGUUUCUUUCUCCCCCAAAAAACCUGGAAUGAAGAACUUACUGCAGCGAAGGAUGUAUUUCUACAUACUACUCGGUGUUCUAAAUUUCUUCUGAUAACAGGAAUUUCCAUGAGAUAGGCUAACAAAUGAAAAUCAUCAUGUCACACACCUGCAGUGACAUGUUUAUUUUGUUCCAGAACAUAUGCAACCUGGUAUUUAGAUAUAGAAUAAGACUUUACAUAAACAUGACACCUUUUGUCUCACAGUAGGUAAAAUAUGCUUGUUUUCCCUUUCUCUAGAGACAGGCCCCAUGUACUUCACAGCAGUCUGCAGAAUAACCCUAUGAUUUGAGUAACUUGACCCAAAAGAAUUGGAAAAAACCAGAAGUGGAAGUCAUGGGCUCAAAAAUCUCAGACAAAUUAAACCACAUCUUAAUUUAUCUGCUUGAGGAGAGUAGCAUGUGUUGAUUUGAUGUUCACUGAGCUGAGUUCUUUAAUAAAACAAGAGUUUCUUACUGGAUUGAA